AAGCGAUAUCGGAUGUUCAAAUCUUACUUUGUAUAUACAGCAACUCAUUGACUAGUAACAAAUGUUUAAAUGGAGUUAGCAAAUUGCAACCAUGUUUUCUAAACACUAGAUUCCCUUAAGAAAAUGAGAAUAGAAAAUUUGAGGAUCAACAUCUAUGGAGGUUGAGUUGGGUCUGAAGAUCACGAGAAUCAGAGAUGAUUCCACUUCCAUUUCUGAUUUUCAGUUUGCCAAAGAUAGAGCAGGGCCUUUCUUCUUGUCUAAAGAAACUGAUGUAAUGUUCAUCCUCACUGCACAUCUCAAAGGAUACAAGAAAGAGAACAUUGAGAUCAAUAUAAGUGAAGAUGGCAGUGAGAUUUCAGUGAGUGGGGAGAAGGAGGUGGAGGAAAUGGACAUGAUGAUGCCAUUCAAGAAAGACCUCAAAAUCAAAGACUUUAGAAAGAAGUUUAGAAUCCCCGGGGAUAUAGAAUUGGAUAGGAUCAAGGCCAAGUAUAACCAAGAGGAAGCAGUUUUGAGGAUUGUGAUGCCAAAAAGGGUCAAAGGGAUGCUUGGUGUUGGAAUUGAAGAGGUGAAGGAAGAAGAGAUUGUUCAUAGAAAGCCACCAGAGCCCGAGCCGGAACCGGAGCCGGCAGCACAACAAAUUGUGGCUGAAAAGGUUCCAGAUAAGAGUGAAGAGGAAGGUCCAGCAGUGAAGAAGAAGCGUCCAAAAAGGCCAUGGAAGCCUUGUCCUCCAUUGUUCAUAGGAGGAUCAACUUUGCUUGUAUCUCUUAUUUUUCUUGUCAUACACUAUAUUAGAGUCAGAAAGAGUUGAUUAAUAAA